AUGAAUAAAUAAAUUUUUUCUUCAACAUAAUAAUAAUAUAAUUAAAUAUAGGUAAUUGUUGUGUUUAAUUUAAAAUAGUUUAAAAUCAUGAAUUUCAUGAAUAAUUUAUCGGGAAAUAGUAUGCAAACAAAUGACAGUGGUAUGCAAUUAAAUAAUGUCGAUGUUUUGUAUACAAAAGUACAACGUAUUUACAUAAAAUCAGAACGUAAAGAAGAACGUCAACGUGAUUUACGAAUUAAUGUUGAAAUUCAUGCUGGUAUUAGUCCAGUUUGUAGAAAAAGUUUGUGUUUACGUUUAUCUGAUGAUGAUGAUUCUUGUUUUUUGUAUUCGCUAAUGAUAAAUGAUGAAGAUUUUAAAAAUCUAAAAGCUGAUCAAAAUUUAUUAGUUGAUUUUGAUAAUUUUGCAACACAAUUAAUAUCACUUCUUGAUCAGUGUCAUGUACCAUCAACAGGUGCAUCAAAAGUACCACCAAAAUUUCUUCUUGAGUUGUAUGAAGAAAGAGGUGAAUGGUUUUGUCGUUUUGUUGAGCCAAAAACAAUUAAAAAUUUAUGUCAUUUAUAUUUAAAAAUAUCACCAGCAAGUGAUGAUGAUAUUAAAACUCAUAUGGCUGUUAAAAUUAAACAGCUAACUGAUAAUGUUAAUAAUAAAAAUCGUGAUAUUGUUAAUAUGGAAACGAGAUUAAAUUCAAUGAGUGAUGAGCUAGAUAAAAAAAUACGAGAGCUUGAUCAAUUUGAACAAAAAUAUUACAGUGAAAAGAGUCAGCUGGAGAUGCAAACAUCACAUCAAUUAAAAAUUGAAAAAGACAGAUUUACUCAGGCAAAAUUAGAAUGGCAAAGAACAAAUGAAAUUGAAAAAAUGGAACUUGAACGUCGAUACAAUGAUACAAUAAAACAAAUGGAAAUUGAGCUGGCAGAUGUAAAGUUACAAAAUUCAUCAUAUCGUGACAAACAAACAACACUUGAGUUAACAAAUUCUGAACAAUCAAAACGUUUACAGCUAAUUGAAAAUGAACUUACAAUAACACAACGUGAUUUAUCACAAUUACAAAAAACAAAUACAAAAUUAGAAAUUGAUUAUCAAGAACGUGAUAAAUUAUUAAAUGAUUCACGUACAAAAGUUGCUGUACUUGAGCAAGAAUUAAAAGAUAAAAAUUUAUUGAUAAAUGAGCAUAUUGAAACAAUAAAAAGUACAAAAGAACAAAAGAAAAAAUUAGAAGAUAAAUUAAAUGACAGAGAUAGCCAAUUACAACGUAAAGAAAAAAAUUUAAAUAUGAUACAUGAUGAUUUAAGAAGAUCAAGUGAUGAAACACAUAGAAUGCAAAAUAAAAUAUCAAUGUUAGAUGAAAAAAUAAGAAGAAGAGAAUCAACAUUAGAAGAACAACAAAAGCUAUUAGAAACAAAACAAAAAGAAAUUGUACAAUUAUCAUUAAAAAUUGAUGAAAACAUAGAAGAAAGAAAACAAAUGAAAGCUGAAAUUGAUUCACAAAAAUCAAAAAUUAAAUUAUUAGAAACAACAAUUGGAGUACAAGAAAAGAAGAUCAAAGAUGAUUCAACUCUUAUUGAUUAUUUACAUCGUAAAACAAGUGAUAAUCAAUCACCAAUUAAUCAAGUGCCAUUAACACCAAUUAAUAUUGGAUCACAAUUUCAAUUAACAAUACCAAGACAAACUAAAUUUGACCAAAUUAAUUCUCGAAGUACAUUUACACCAUCAGCAACAACAGCAGCAGCAGCAACAACACCACCAGUAGCUGCAUCAACAACACCACAUUAUACAGGAACAUUAAAUUCUGGUUUUGGUAUUAGAAAUACAACUUCAACAAGUACAAAUGUCAAUCAAACAUCUAAAAAUUUAACAUCAAGAACAAUUGGUCUUACAUCUGAUACACCUGGUCUUGGUACAUUUAGUAGACCUGAAUUUAUAACAAAUACAAGUACACCAAUUGAACGUAUGAAUAUUUAUCAAAAAAUACCAAAUCGUACUGAAAUUACAAAUAAUAAUCAACAUAAUAAUGACAACAAUACACCAUCAACAAAUGAUAAUAUUAAAACAAAAAAUACUAUUACAUUUGCUGGUGGAUUAUUGAGAAGAAAUAUUGUUGAUAAGCCAUUAUUACCAUCUGCAUAUUUUCCAAAAACAAUGCAUUGAUUUAUUUAA